AUGGCACGCUCGAUUUGGAGUCGUCUCCUUCCCAAUGCCUUGUCAUUGAUCACAAUUCUUCCGAUUCUUACGGAUACAUCGCUGGCGGGAGUCAAUGGCUCAGAAGCCGCCGUCGAGAUUGUUCAGGGUCCAAGUCGUGUCUAUGGAAAUGAUUCGUACCCUACCAUUUGGCGACGAGUACAGGACCUGGAGGCGCCGCGCGCUCGAUAUCCAGGUUUCCAGCCGCAAACCCUCGUCCUCAAGAACGGCACCAUUCGUCGAGAAGGUGCGCGACCACUCAUGUGUGAUAUUCUGUUCGAGCGCGAUGUCCCCGUGGCCCUACGAGACGGCAGUAUCAUGUAUACCGACGUGUUUCGCCCUACUACUGGCCCUGGGCCGUAUCCCGCCAUUGUGGCGUGGAGCCCCUAUGGCAAGGAAGUCGGCGGCCAAUGGCUGGACGAUACAGUCAAUCGCACCGGUGUCGCCCUGUCGACUGUUUCGGAACUGCAAAAGUUUGAGGGACCCGAUCCGGCGUACUGGGUUAACCAGGGAUACGUUGUUCUUAAUGCGGACGCCCGCGGAGCUUAUUCAUCAGAAGGGAACAUUACAACCUUUGGCCGGCAACUUGCCGAAGACGGUUACGACUUCAUCGAGUGGGUCGCGGCACAGCCUUGGAGUUCCGGCAAAGUCGGCAUGUCGGGCAACUCCUGGCUCGCCAUCUCCCAAUGGUUCAUCGCCGCCGAGCAGCCUCCACACUUGACGGCCAUUGCACCGUGGGAAGGGUUGACAGACCUCUUUCGCGAUGUUUCCAAUCGUGGCGGAUCUCCCGCGCCCGGAUUUCAAGAAAUCAUCCUGACGGCCUUUGGAGGAAAGAAUUACGCAGAAGACAUCCCUCGCAUGUGUGUCAAUGAGAUUCUCAUGAACGAAUAUUGGGAGGAUAAGAUUGCUCAAGUGGAAAAUAUAUCGAUUCCCGCUUAUGUCGUUGCGAGCUACACCAAUGAGUUGCAUACACAUGGUUCAUUCGAUGGGUUUCGUCGCAUUCAGUCCACAGAGAAGUGGCUGCGAGUUCACAACUCGUCCGAGUGGCCCGACUACUACGAAAGCACACACGUUGAGGAGCUCACAUCCUUCUUCGACUAUUUUUUGAAAGAAAAGGUCAAUGGCUGGAGCCAAACACCAAGAAUUCGCAUCUCUAUUCUGGAUCCGAGUCAAGGCGACACCGUUGACCAGGCGGAGGACAAUUGGCCCGUUACCAACGUAGUGCCGCGCACCAUGUACUUGCAAGCCAACAACACUCUUGCCGACGACACGUACGAGACUGAUGACAGCGUCUCUUAUAAUGCAAGUUCCACCGUCGGUACGACAUUCACCUACGACGUGGAUGAAGCUCUGGAGAUUAUCGGCUAUAUGAAGCUCCGUCUAUGGGUCGAAGCCGAGGGAUCAGAUGAUAUGGAACUUUCCAUCACGGUACAAAAGUUGGACCACAAUGGCAACCCGUAUGAAAGUAAUGCAGGGGUUGAGAGUAGCACCAUUGUCGGCGCGUCCGGCAAGUUGAGGGUCUCCCAGAGAGCCAUUGACGAGACGCGUUCCACGCCCUUUGAGCCGUAUCUCUUGCACACUUCCGAGCAACUUCUUCAAAGCGGGGACAUUGUUCCCGUGGAAAUCGGCGUCUGGCCGAUGGCUCUGCGUGUACACCCAGAUGAGAAGAUUGCCGUCACCGUGGCACCGGCCCCAAUCACUCCGACCAACGCCGAUCUUGGCUACGGCACCGCGAGAAUCCUCGUGCCACGUAGUGGUGGAACUUAUCCACCGGGGCAAAAUGUUUCCACAAUCAUUCUUGGAGGUAACGACUACCCAGACUAUGUCAAUGAGCAGAGAGUUGCCACGCCAAUUACACGUAACAAUGGCACCCAUGUCAUUCAUUUUGGUGGACAGUACGACAGCUACCUUUUGAUGCCUGUCCGCUACAUUAACCAAACAAAUCCGCGGUUCUGA